AGUCAAAACCACUAUUCUAUCGGGUUGAUUAAUUACUGAACCUGCAUGUAAUUGAAAGACACUUUUGUUUUAUUAGGUACAUGUUUCUUACUGAAAACUGUGUGCGUGUACAUAUGCAGCCAAUGAAAUAUUGCUCUAAAGCAGACAUUUUUCCAUAACUUAUAGGGAAUAACAUGCAAGAAUCACGUGAACGAGCAAGCGACAUGCUACAAAUGCUCAAGAAAGCAAAAGAGCUGAGUUCUAAAAAGUGUUACGAUAUUGAGGAAAUUAGAAACCAAGGGAAAACAACAAAGAGAUCUAAAAACAUUGGGCUUGGUAAUGGCCAAAGGAAGUCAAGUGAAUUUGAAGAAUACAUAUUGGAGAAGAGGAAAUACCUUCGAGAUACUCUGAAGUUGUGUGAACGAGCCACUCAACGAGUGCUGCUAUAUUCUAAUAACUUCUUACACAAAAAGCUCAAGACUGACCCAUCAAAACCACUUCGUAUUGUAAGGCAGAAAGGAAAGGCUGCUCUUGGCAAGCUGAAAGUUAUUGAAGACCUCCCUAAAGAAAGGUGUUGUGUGGAUAACUGUGUUAUGAUUGCUCUGACACACACAAACCUGUUGAAGCAGUGGCGUGACAGAGCUAUCUCAGGCCAGACAGAAGCACGGAGAGUUCUGGCCGAGAUGCUGACCCCUUCAGGAGGGGCUCGCUCAAAUUGCUAUAAGUUCAUUUCUUGGGUGACAGGAUGCAGUCAUAGCACAAUUGGUAGGGUCAAUGAGCAGAUGAAGGAAACAGGUGGAGACCGUGAACCUCCAUCACAUGGCCUCAUAAAAUGGUGGCAGGAAAACCCCAAACCCAAGAAACCCAAGGUCAAUCCAAUAACUGAGGAACAGGCACAGGUAGAUACUGUUCAGCAAGUGGCAAUGCAGCAGAUCCAGCAGAGUUUGCCACAGGUCAACAUUUUACAAGCGGCAGUUAGUUCAGCUGGCCUAUCAGCUGUCAUGAUGCAGCCUGCAGUGUCUUCGGGGAUGCCAGCACUUACUACUGUCAACACCUCACAGCUGGCACAGCCACAGCUACUUCCUACGGUCACAUUCACUAAUGGAGCAAUUCAGGUGCAGGCUGCCCCCAUUCAGAUUCAAACAACUCAGACAAUCCAAGUUCCUCAAGUUCAGGUGCAGGUUCAACAGCAGUUACAGCAGCAGCAAUUACAAUACCAACAACAGAUCCAACAGAUCCAGUUACAGCAGCUUCAGCUUCAACAGCAACAGCAACAACUUCAACAACAACUCCAACAGGCACAACAGGCGUCUCAACAACUGCAGACACAUGUGGUUCACCAGUUGCAGUCUGCGGUACAACCAAUUCAGCAGCCUGCCACUCAGCAACAACAACAACAACAGCAACAACAACCACCUCCACAAGCACAAACACCACAACAACAGCAGCAGCAAACACUGCAACAAACUACUCUACAAACAACUCAGGCUCAACAACAACCUGUACAGAACCCCGAGUCUCAGGAAACACCACCCAACGUCGCCAUCACCAUGGCAACGUCUAAUACCUUAACAACCGCCGCUCUACAAGGAAACCUGACGGCCGCACAGGCGACACCGCUUAACACCGAAAGCUUGUUCACGACGGACGCGUUUCACAUUCUCAGUGCUGUGCAGCCGCAAGUGGUCACGCUACCAGUCUCGCCCCAGUCCACCGUAGCUCAGGCUGUACCUGUAUCGCUGAUCCAGACUCCUAACGGACAACAAGGCCUGCAGUAGAUUGAGUUCCAAUGGGCGUGCUUUUUAAUGUUGGCAGUGGGAUGUUUAUUACGUUAGUGGGAAUUUACAAACAGUAGAGAUGAACCAUACAAAGUGGAGGCUUCAGUGAAGAAACAGCCGAUUUCUGAAAAUAUAAAUUAUACAUUGUCAAAUAGAUAGUGAUGAAAAUAAAGAAAGUCAAUCACGUCAUAACAUAAUGUUAAUUAUGGUGUUAAUGAUGAGGUGUAAACCAAGACAUUCUCAGAACUAACAUUAGAAGAAUUGUAUGGUGACUAGUAAAGAGAAUUUAGCUCUCGACUGAACAUGUCGAAGAAUAGUGCCAACGUCCAGCACGGGUAUUGUGCAAAGGGUGAAAUUAGCAAUAAAUGGUAUCAAAAAGGUGUUAAAUGAACAUUGAUAUGGUGCCUCGAGGAAUAAAAUGUUAAGUGAAAUUCACUUCUGGACGGGGAAUUGCACGUGUAUAUAUUAUAGAAAGAGAGAAGCAAGCAAGUACGCUAUUUUCGAAAGGACUAUACGGCUCAUGUUAAAAUGUUAAAUGUUGAAUGUUUAUCGUGGUCGAUGCCCUUACCCACAACUAGCUAGUUCUCAGGCAUGCCACUUAAAAUGUAAGAAAGAAGCAUGUCAAAUAAACAAAAUAAGGCUUAAAAAUCCCAACUGGCGGGAGGCAGACCAGUUGGCUAUUUACAAACACGACCAAGGUUUUGAACUACGGUCUACGAAGAAACAACUCCAGCUUGGUGGUCAGAGCGGGAUUUAAACCCACGACCUCCGGAGUUAGAGACCGGGGCCCUAACUACUGGGCUACGCUACCCCACGCUGCUGCCACAAGUGGUUUUGCUGCCAGUCAUGAGUGCUAAACAUAAACUACUGUAUAUUACGCCUCUUGUGCUGAGAAUUACAUGUAAGUCCAUGGAAUAA